UUUACUACAAGGAGGAAUUUCCAAAAAUCCUCUUUUAAUGCUCACCUACACUUCCCAGGGAACCUACAUGCCAAAUUUCAGCUUCCUACGUAGUAGUUUCCGCUGUAUGAUGUCUGUCAGUCAGUCACUCAGUAACGGAAGAGUUUUACCCUCAACCCCUUCAAAAGGGGAGUGAAAGAUUGUAAUAAAAUUUUCAAGAUAAAAAGCUGAAAAUUGGUAAACUUACUCUUUGUAGUAAAUUGAAACAAAAAAUGUCAAGUUUUUCGAUAUUUUUUUUUAUAACUUUCGUCUCUAUGUAUAUUUGAUGCGCAUCACGCAAAAAUUGCUGAAUGGAAUUUGAUACGAAUUUCACAGUUGUUUAGCAUAGCAGGCGAAGCAGCGGGCAAGAGCUAUUUUUCAUAUAAAAUAGGUACAUGGCAUUUAGCAUUGGUAAUUUUCAAAAGUGUUAGUAACCCAGUCCGUUCCAGCGUCAAUCGUGUUUACGUCACUGGCGUUAUGUCACUGUCACUUUAUACUACUUAAACAAAUUAAAAAGCUUUCUCACCUCGAGAUAUGCAUACCAUGUGGGGGUAUUUUUGAUUUGAUCAGUAAUAUCCGAUUUGACGUUUAGUUUAGUUGGUUCUAUAAAUAGGUACCUAAUUAGAAUGAUUUCAGGCGUCGCGCGCGAUUUUUAUAAAGUUUAUAAAGUUACUUAUGUACGUGGAAGUAUUGUGUUAUUAAUUCCUUCUUAUUGAAUAAGAUAAGAAUCAUGGCCCUGCCGGAAGACUCCAAGACUCUGACCCAUGUGUCUCCUGUGCUCACUAACGAGGCGCUCUCAGGAGCCCUAACAAAGUGGUUUGGUGAAGAUACUGCCUUUACUCACUGGGAGUACAUCAGCGAAACGGGAAAGGGCGAUUCCUACCUCAGCGAUCUUAUCAGAAUCAGGAUAUUCGGCCAAUCACAGAAUGGCAAUAAACAUGUCCAAGUCAUCCUUAAAACUAUCCCUAAAAACAUCGCCCGCCGCCUCACUUACAGAAGCGAUGAGUUCUUCAAAAACGAAAUCAAUUUUUAUACCAAAGUGUUGCCAGAAUUACUUAAAUUCCAAUCUACGAAAAAUAUGACAGAGCCUUUCGACAAAUACGUCAAAGUGUUCUUCUCGUACUGCGACGGGAUCAAUGAUGUUUUAUGUCUAGAAGAUGAGUCGCUCAACGGCUACGGAUCAGCCUUCAGGCAAGAGGGAGUCGAUUUAAAUCAUUGCAAAAGUAUAUUCAAAGUCCUCGCCCAAUUUCAUGCCAUGUCUUUCGCAAUGAAAGAUCAAGAACCGGAGAGAUUCGAUGAUAUAAGCAAUCAAAUUUUCGAAACGUAUUAUCAUGAGAGACUGCGAGAUUGGUACUCUCGAUUUUGGGCGCGCAUCGGUAAUAUAGCUGUAGACGCAGUAGAGAAAGAGUAUUCUGGAACGAUAUACGUAGAAAAGGUAAAACAAUUCUGCGUGCCUGAACGGUACGAUGAUAUGAUCGAAGCGGCCACUAACACAAAGAAUACUGGUGUUAUAUCUCAUGGUGAUUCAUGGACUAAUAAUUUUCUAUUCAAGUAUGUUGAUGACAUUCCUGUUGCGGCUAAAAUCAUUGACUUCCAAUUGUGUAGAUACGCUACACCUGUGUUGGACCUGACUUUUGUAGUCUACGCGUGCACGUCUCACAAUCUGAGAGUCAAACAUUACGACGAGUUGAUUAAUUAUUAUUAUGAAGUUUUAGCGACACAGAUAAAGGAGAUGGGCAGUGAUCCGAAUAAGAUAUACAGUAAAGUUUUGUUUUUGAGUGAGGUUAAGAAGUAUUCGUAUUUCGGGCUCGCUUUCAGCUUUGAAUCGACUCCAUUCAUAGUUUUGGAUCCUGAAGACGCUGUAGAUAUGGAUAUGAAGGGUGAUAAGAAAAUGAAUAUCGACGACAACUGGCAAAUUGGGCCCUUCAAAACUAAGGAAGGGAGACUUCGUGAGGCGAAUAACGUCGUUCACUGCGUUGACAACGGCUACAUAUAGAAUAUCUACUAUUUAUCCACUGGAUUGAAACACAACAUGUAGUUUUUACCCACUGGAUUGAAACACAAUAUGUAGUUUUUAUCCACUGGAUUGAAGUACAAUGUCUAAUCCCGUCUUUGCGAUACAGGUUACAUAUAUUACAUGUUACAUAUAUUAUUAUAUUAUGUUUUGUAAUAAUAUAUAUAACAUGUAAUAGUGGGAGAACUAGGCUUUCGCUCAGCAUAUGCUAUUAAUUAAUUUACGAAUAGGUGGAAUAGGAAUACGAAAUCAAAAUGAAGUUUUAUAUUAUCAGUAAAUAAUGUAAUGUCACAAUAUAUGUAAUUAGUUUAUAAGAUUUAUACACAAAAAACACAGUAUUUUAUAUUUCAAAUACGUUUAUUGUUUUAUACUUAUAAGAUUAUCAUUUGUUGAAGUAAAAAUCGUGUUAAAUAUAGAUAUUAUAAAUAAAUACAUAAUAAAAAAAAAACUGUUUUUCAACUUUUUAAAUCGUGAUAGGUAUAUCCAAAACGGUGUUUCUUAGGAGAAAUAUAUAUUUUU